UGAUCUCAGGAUAUCGUAUUCUCUCUAACACCGCCGCGACUAGUCACGUUCCCGACGGCGAAGAACUCCAGUUCGACGAGCUCCUUGUCUUCCAGGAUGGAAAAUAAAGGAAAGGGUGUGGUGGGAGGAGAUGAGGGAAACUUGUUUUCUCAGUUAGAAGAAGGUCCAAGAAAUAUGGGGUGUGAAGAGGAAGUACUUGGUGUUGAUUGUAGUGAUGAUGAAGACGUGAACAGUGAUGAAGAAGGUCUGGUAGAUGAUGAUGAUGAUGAUGAUGGAGAUGAUUCAGAAGAAGGGGAUGAAUUUGAAGCUGGAGGUGAAAUUCCUAGUACAUUUGAACGACUUGAGUAUGAAGCUCUGGCUGAGAGGAGACGCAAAGCACUUGCUGAUUCUCAACGUGAUGCUGUUAACAUCUCGAAUAGCACCUCGGGCGUGGAGGGAUUCAUGGAAUUUGUAUCUUCUGGUCGCCGACGAAAAUCCAGGAAGCAUAGAAAAAAGGGUAGAAGAGUUGGGUCAAGGAAAGGAGUUGCACCUGACAUUUUAAAGAGGUUUAGGGAGGCUCUAUUUCUUCAUGCACAUGGUCAUGACAGUGAGGCAUUACCUAUUUUAUUAGAAGUUAUUAAGCAAGCACCAACCUUCGAUGUAGCAUAUUAUUACCUUUCACGUGUUUCGGAGCAACUUGGUAGGACUGAAUCAUCUUCUACGGAAGCAUUAAAGAUUGCUGCAAAUAUCAAAGGUCCAAAAUCCCCUUUUUGGAAGUUACUUUAUGAGAGGUUCAAGGAACAAGAGAACAUGUCUGCAGCAAGGAGUUAUGCGUCCAAAGCAAUACAAGCUGAUCCCGACGAUAUCCCUUUGAAAUAUGAAUAUGCAGACCUCUGCCUAAAUGCUGGAAAAUGUAGAGAAGCUGCCGAAACCUAUGAGCAAAUAUUUCGGCGGUGUCCUGAUAGAGUUGAAGCACUCAAGUGGGGUACGGAGUAUUUUCUUAAAUCCGGUGAGGGUGAACGAGCAGCGAGCAUCUUAGAGGAUCAUAUCAAAUCCCAUGCCUCUGAAGUGGGGCACGAUAUCUUGGAUUUACUGGCUUCUGUUUUCAUGCAAAUUAAUGCGCAUGAUAGAGCUCUUAAGUAUAUUCACGAUGUGCGCCAGAUUUACAAUGUAGGAAAAGAACUAUCUUCCAGCUUGAAAAUAAGACAAGCCAUCUGUCAUGUUCACCUUGAAGAAAUGGAGCAUGCAGAGAUUGUGUUAAGCAUUCUACCACAGGAGGCUGUAUCUGAACAUCCAGAGCUCAUCACCGAUUUGGCUGAUGAGCUAACAAACAUUGGGAAAUUUCACUCUGCUCUCAAAUACUAUUUAGAAGCAAUCAGUGAAUCUGUGAAUAAUGGCUAUUUAUUUGUGAAAAUUGCUCGUUCUUAUAUGUCAUUGGCAGAACGUGAACAGGCCAUUGUUUUCUAUUAUAAAGCUCUGAAUGAACUCAAGGAUACGGUUGAUGCUCGCAUAACUCUGGCUUCACUCCUCCUGGAAAAUGGCAAACGGGAUGAAGCUAUAUUAGUGCUUUCUCCUCCGGAAAAUCCAGAUCCUGAUACCGCUAAACCGAAGGCAUGGUGGAAAAACAGAAAGAUCAGGAUGAAUCUUUGUCAGAUAUAUCAUUCAGAAGGAAUGCUUGAGGACUUCGCCAAUACAGCACUGCAGUUGGUUCUUAAGUGGGUGUGGCGGCGGACGGUUAAGGGGAAAAGAAAACGAUUGGUUCUUUCAGAACAUCAAAGAAACAAAAAACGCCGACGUCCUAGAGAUCCUCAAUCUUCCCAGUUGAGAGGCGGACCGAAAAAGUGGCGCAAAAUCAGGGCAACAUUAAAUGAAACAAGAAGAAUUAGAGAACGAGCUGCUAUUAAAGCUCAUAACGAAGAUAUCUGCAGUGAAUCUGAGGAAGAAGCUAUCAAGGAUGAAGAGUAUCACCGUCUUUUCGUUGAUUUGUGCAAAGCAUUGGCAUCCCUGCAAAGAUACUGGGAAGCUCUGGAGAUAGUUAAUCUCGCUCGGAGAUUGGAUGCUAAAAUGCUGCCUGUUGAGAAAAAAAAGGAGCUUCAGUCACUUGGAGCUAAAAUAUCAUGUGAUACAAUGGAUCCAAAGCAGUGGUUUGACUGUGUAAGAUCUGUCAUCCAGCAACAUCCAUAUCGUUUGAAUGCCUGGAACUGCUAUUACAGAGUCAUUUCAAGAUUAGGGAAAAGAGCAUCAACUGAAGCUAAGUUCAUGCAUCAUCUAAGGAGUAAGUACAGAGAUUGUGUACCGCCCAUUCUAAUUGCUGGUCAUCACUUCACCGUGACAAGCCGACAUCAAGAUGCUGCAAGAGAAUACCUUGAAGCAUAUAAACUUAUGCCUGAUAGUCCUUUAAUUAACCUCUGUGUGGGAGCUGCUUUAAUCAACUUAGCCCUUGGUUUUCGACUCAAAAACCGACAUGAGUGUCUAGCUCAAGGCUUUGCAUUUCUGUACAACAAUCUCAGAAUCUGCAGUAACAGUCAGGAGGCAUUGUAUAACGUUGCUCGAGCGUAUCAGCACGUAGGACUAGUGACUCUUGCAGCUUCAUACUACGAGAAGGUUUUAGCGAUUUGUGAGAAAGAAUACCCAAUGCCGAAACUUCCUAACGAGGAUCCGAAUGUUGCAGAAGAGAGGAAGCCUGUGAACUGUGACCUACGCAAAGAAGCUGCACACAAUCUGCAUUUGAUCUAUAAGCACAGUGGAGCGUUUGAUCUCGCGAGGCAAGUUUUGAAGGAUCACUGCACUUUCUGAGUCUCGUUAUCAUUGCCUUUUUUUUUUCUUCAAACAAAGAUAAAUCAUAGGAAUCAAACUGAUAUAUACAUCUUUGUUUCCAACUGAUUUAAAGAGAAAAAAGUUUGUUUUCACUGA